AUUAUAGCGUCCGAUAUUGAACAAUUGAAUAAGUUUUCGUGUGGUGGUUACAGCGAUGAGACAACAAUUGUUUAUUUAGUACACCCAUGUCAUAUACUGUCAGCAUUGGAGAUUUUAGGUUUCCGCGUGGUGGCUUCAUCGUCAACAGCGGUCAAGCAGGAUUACAACGAAUACAUGUGGACAAUGCGUAAAGAGUUUAGUGAACCUGAACCCUUGGACACAGAAACUGCAGUUAAAGAGAAUCUCUCCAAUAUAGGACGUGAAGCGGCAGGUCUAGAAAGUUGCCAUAAAGUCCAUUAAUCUAAAUAAACCUGCAACUAG